UCUCACAGAAGCGCUGCUCUUUCUUUCUCAUUUCAUGGGAGAUAUUCAUCAGUGGCUUUCAAAUCCAGGGAGGAUCACAGGAAACAGAUGGAACUUGAAGAAGCCCGAAAAGCUGGGCCUGCUCCUGCAGAAGUUGAUGAAGAUGGAAAAGAAAUUAAUCCACAUAUUCCUCAGUAUAUGUCAUCUGCUCCUUGGUAUCUCAAUGCAGAGAGACCUAGUUUAAAACAUCAAAGGAAAUGGAAGUCAGAUCCAAAUUACACAAAGUCAUGGUAUGACAGAAGAGCAAAAAUAUACCAAGCUGAUAAGUACAGAAAGGGUGCAUGCGAAAACUGUGGAGCUAUGACACACACAACCAAGACAUGCAUGGAGAGGCUACUUAAGCUAAGGGCAAAAUGGACAAGUAAAAACAUAGCACCAGAUAAGAAAAUAGAGACUUUUGAGCUUGAUUAUGAUGGAAAAAGAGACAGGUGGAAUGGGUAUGAUGCAACAUCUUAUGCUCAUGUGAUUGAACGAUAUGAAGCUCGUGAUGAAGCUAAAAAGAAAUUCUUGAAAGAUCAUCAACUCAAGAAGUUAGAGGAAAAGGGUAACACUCAAAAUGUGGAAGAAGUUGUUAGUGAUGAUGAAGAUAAUGAAGAAACUUUGGUCUUGGAGGCCCUCUCUCAGAUUAAAACACUGACAUUAUUGCAUUAAAGAACUACAUAGAUGCUCAGUAUUAUGGUGAGAUUGGUAUUCAAUAUGGAACUGGAGCUAUCUCUGGUAUCUUUAGCCAAGAAUCUGCCCAAUUUGGUGAUCUUGUUGUUAAAGAACAUGAUUUUAUAGAGGCAACAAAAGAACCUGCAUCACUUUCUUCGCAGCCAAGUUUGAUGGUAUUCUUGGCCUUGGAUUUCAAGAAAUCUCUGUUUGAAAUGUUGUUCCUGUGUGGUAGUUUUCUUGCCCCUUAAUUGAUACUUAACUUAAACAGGACAUAUAUAAAUCAGCGUUUCUUUGAGUUAUUUCUAACAGAGGUGGCUUAAUAUGUUAGUGUCAUUUCUAAAUAAAGGGUAAAAUGGUAAUUUACUUAGAUUCAGAUUGUUAAUUAAGAUAUUUGCAUACCCUAUUAGGUAAAACAUGGUAAAUAAAGGUCUUGUUCCAGAACCCACAUUUUCUUUUUGGUUUAAUCGCAAUGCUGACGAGGAUGAAGGGGGUGAACUUGUGUUUGGUGGGGUCAAUCCUAAUCAUUUUAAGGGCAAACACACAUAUGUACCUGUGACUCAAAAGGGUUAUUGGCAGGAUUUUGCAAUGAUGGUUGUGCAACAAUUGCAGAUUCUAGAACCUCUUUGUUGGCAGGUCCAACGGGGGUAACCAGAAUAGAGUAAGUGGACAAGCAUUGGAGUUCAAUCAACUGAACAUACAUGCAUGGGAAGCAUUUGAGAAGGGAAAUGAUGUCCAUAUGCAAGCUGCUCCUUCACAAGCUGAAUUGUUGUAUAAGAAUUAUAAAGUGAAGAAAUAGAAGCUGAAAUCUCAAGUGAAGGAGCAGCUUGACGAGGCUGCCGACGAGGCUCUUCCAAGAGAGCUUUUAUUGGGCCAAAGUGAAAGAGAAGUUGAAUAUGAUCGUGCUGGAAGAAUCAUCAAAGGCCAUGUAUUUUUAUAUUUUAUAUUUUCAUUAAAUUACAAAUUUUGGUAUGAAUAUAACUAAAAAACUGUUGUUUUAUUGUAAAGUUAUUUGGGUUUUAAUACUAUGUUCAAUGAAAUUCAUUUUAGGGUUAAUCUCAUAAAAGGCCUUAUAUUUUUUGUU